UCAAACGGAUGAAUUCUGGUUGUGUGCUCAACUGAAAGGCUGUGUAUUGCGUGCAGUGCACACUAUAGCAGCUGGGAUUUAGAACUUUUUUGUUAUCUGACGCCCUAUUUCAUGAAUUUGGUCUGGAAUCCAUAAAGAGUUUGGAGGGGAAAAGCUCGAUCCGAAGUGCUUGAGGACGCAGUUCAUCAGGCGAAACAUGCACUGUCUGUCUCCGUAAUGGAAAAGAAGGAACUUUCUCACGUUGGGAAUGGACAAAUUGAGAAAUACGUGUAAGUAGCUGACAACAUUCUUAUAUAUUCCACACCAUAGACCAGCAAAACAGAAAAAAAAUUACGUCUAAAAACUCAUGCAUUGCUGAAGUUUCGUUUAGGUGUCUAUAUUGGACAACUAUAAAUAGCAGUGCUUUUCAAAUGACCAACUGAACCAAGUUACUUUAUAUGAGAAUAGCCUAUUUCCCUAAACUAUUUUGAAGAACCUGACAUUAAUCGGAGAGCGCGAACGCGUAUUCGUUUCGUGGUUCGUUAGUAGCACAGUUUUUGGUUUUGGUCUACUGCUGUGUCGCCAUGAGUUUAGUUGGUGGAUUCCCUCACCAUCCGGUGAUGCAUCAUGAAGGCUACUCCUUCGCGGCAGCAGCAGCUGCAAGCCGCUGCCACGAAGAGAACCCCUACUUCCACGGUUGGCUGAUAAGCCACCCGGAGAUGUCUCCCCCAGACUACAGUAUGGCACCCUCGUACAGCCCCGACUACUCCACCGGGGGCCCGGCGUUAGACCACGCACACUACGGAGGUGGUAUCCCCGGGGCUGGCGUCGCUGGGAUCGGGAUGGGACCUCGGCCGGUGAAACGGAGACCUACGGCAAACCGAAAGGAGAGGCGCAGGACUCAGAGCAUCAACAGCGCCUUCUCGGAGCUCAGGGAUUGCAUCCCUAAUGUUCCUGCGGAUACUAAGCUGUCCAAAAUAAAGACCCUCCGGUUGGCUACCAGUUAUAUCGCCUACCUCAUGGACAUUCUGGACAAGGACGAGCAGAACGGCGACGCAGAGGCCUUCAAAGCAGACUUCAAAAAGACAGAAGCAAAGGAGGAGAGGAGAAAGAAAGAAGUGAGUGACGUUUUGAAAAACACAGCGAGCAGCAAUGACAAGAAAACCAAAGGAAGGACUGGUUGGCCGCAGCAUGUCUGGGCUUUGGAACUCAAACAGUGAAUAUCCUUCUUCUCCUCUCAAAAAAAGACUUGAAAUGAUGAAAAAGUCUUCUUCUAGGCUUGUAUUUGUACUCUCACGUUAUUUAAUGGAAUAUUUAUGUGCAAUUGCCGCUACGGAGAGUGGAUAUUUGAAGAAAAAAAACAUUCAAUUUUUAAGAGGAGGAGAUACAACACCCUUUGGUAAGGGACCUUGUCAUUGUCUGAUGUUGUUGGUUGGAUGUUUGUUGUUGUCCCAAG